AUGUUUUGAGAUCUUGAAAUAUCAACUAAAUUAAGCCCAAAAAUAUGUUUUUUAGUUUGUUUUAAUGACUUGUGGAUAAAUAUUAUUAAAAUCCCAUCAGAAGAGUUUCUAAAUAUAAAAUUUUUACCCCUUAUAAAUAAUAAUGAGGAAAGUGCAUUUUCAGUUUUAAUUUUUCUCAAAAUUUCACCUGUGCUAAUUUUUCAAAUUAAAAUUUGUCUAUCUUGGUUAAGCAUUGCUAUAUACUUUUCAUUUAAAGAAAAUGAAAAUGACAAUAAUUUUGAAUUAUCUCCACGUAAGUGUCUCAUUUUUACGCCAGAUUCCACUUUUCAUAUAGCAAUUUGGUUUUUUAAUGAAUGGCACGCUGCAAUAUAG